AAUGCUUUCGGUGGAUAAAACAGGAGAAAAUGUUGACACCAAGAGACCAUAAAGCAAUAGACGAAGUACAGAAAGCACAGAUAGUUGGGAAAGGGCAUCUUCUUCUUGAACGCAGUUCCACUCGAAUAAGCGUUGGUUUCUCAGACUUCCAAAAACAAAAUUCAUACCUUCCUGAAUAUGCCAAACCAAAUACUGCUAUUGGUGGUCCAAGGGAAGUAUUCCCGGAAGUAAUAGGCUCUGCAAAAUCGCGAGCCCGAUCCGAUAUUAUAGACUUCGAAAGAAAAGGUAUUCCUAAGUUACCACAAAUGACAAUAGAGCCAAUCAGACAAGACACAGAAACUGAGGUAGAUAUUCCCGACAUGCCGCCAUCUCCAACUGCAUACGAAAGACUGAUUGUUGAAGAUGAAACGCCAAUGAUGCGGAUCAGAAUCACAAGUUCAUUAAAACAUUAAUUAUAUAUUGUCCAAAAAUUCAAACUAUAUGUGAUGUGAUUUCAUAAAUUGUGUAAUAAAAUUCACAUUCCACUUUCA